UGCUCUUUCUGAUGAUAUCCACAUAGCAUUGCACUCCCGCUGGACUUACCGUGAGCCACCAUGUCUGUGAGGCUGUUUUCUGUAAAAAGCCCGCUUUCCAGAUGUUUCAAAUCUCUGCACAGCUGUUCAGCACGAGCGUUUGGCGCCGGAGCCGCCUGCCUCGGCUCGGUGAAUUUAAAAGGUCGCAGCUGUCUGACUCUGAAGGAUUUCAGCUCAGAUGAAAUCAAAAAGCUGCUGUGGGUCUCCAGAGACCUCAAGCAUCGGAUCAAGCACGAAAAACAGCAUUUGCCUCUUCUACAAGGAAAGUCGAUUGCAAUGAUAUUUGAGAAGAGGAGCACCAGAACAAGAAUGUCCACAGAAACAGGUCAUGGUACCCAGUUCAUUCUGACCUCUGACCCCAUGGAGGCUGCCCGUGACAGCAAUGUCUUGGUCACUGACACCUGGGCCGGCUUAGGAGAGGAAGAGGAGAAGAAAAAGAGGCUCAAAGACUUCCAUGGUUUCCAGGUCUCAAUGCAGACAGGAAGUGUGGCCAAGUCAGACUGGACCUUCCUGCACUGUCUCCCUCGGGAAAUGGAGGAGGUGGAUGAUCAGGUGUUCUACUCAUCCCGCUCUCUCGUCUUUUCGGAGGCAGAGAAUAGAAAAUGGACCAUCAUGGGCCUCAUUGUUUCUCUUCUGACUGACUACACGCCACAGAUCCCCAUGCUGAAGUUUUAACAUCAGUUAUUAAGAGGGACUAGGGCAUGGGAUGACUUCAAAGAAGACUGUUGCAAUGCUGUCAUAUUGUAACUUCAGGAUAGAGCUGCCAUGUGGGAGCGUGGGGCUGUGGUGUGCUUCUGUUUAUGUGUAGUAGGUCUGUGUGUCAAAGUGCAUGGCAAGGUUAGAGAACCCAGAAAUUCCCAGGACUCUCUUAUUGCUCACAGUUCUUAUUUCACUCUUUGUGAUGUGUCACCACAGCUGCCAUAAAACUUCAGUGAAGAUGAAGAACUAGAGGUUAAUCCAUAAAUAAAAUACUCCCAACAACUGUU